AACAUGGCGCCGAGCGCCGGGUGAGCGGCGCUUUGGCGGCGGUGAGAGACUUUUCCUGCCCUGAACGCUCGGCUGGCGGGGGCGGGUCUGAGUGGUACCCGGGGCUAGACCCUUUGAAGGGCCCGUGUGGGGACCCGGAGGAGGACGCGGCUCCAUCUCUCCGCCCUGGGGCAUCAUCCUUGGGGAGAGGGGAGGAGGGGCUCCAGAAUGGCUGAGGAGAAGAAGCUAAAGCUCAGCAACACUGUGCUACCCUCGGAGUCGAUGAAGGUGGUGGCUGAGUCAAUGGGCAUCGCUCAGAUUCAGGAGGAGACCUGCCAGCUGCUGACAGAUGAGGUCAGCUACCGCAUCAAGGAGAUUGCACAGGACGCCUUGAAGUUCAUGCACAUGGGGAAGCGACAGAAGCUCACCACCAGUGACAUUGACUACGCGCUGAAGCUCAAGAACGUCGAGCCACUCUACGGCUUCCACGCUCAGGAGUUCAUUCCUUUCCGUUUCGCCUCUGGUGGGGGCCGGGAGCUUUACUUCUACGAGGAGAAGGAGGUUGAUCUGAGCGACAUCAUCAAUACCCCUCUGCCCCGGGUGCCCCUGGACGUCUGCCUCAAAGCUCAUUGGUUGAGCAUUGAAGGCUGCCAGCCAGCUAUCCCGGAGAAUCCACCCCCAGCUCCCAAAGAGCAGCAGAAGGCAGAGGCCACAGAACCGCUCAAGUCAACAAAGCCAGGCCAGGAGGAAGACGGACCCUUGAAAGGCAAAGGUCAGGGGGCCACUCCAGCCGACGGCAAAGGGAAAGAGAAGAAGGCACCACCCCUGCUGGAAGGGGCCCCUUUUCGACUAAAGCCUCGAAGUAUCCACGAGUUGUCUGUGGAGCAGCAGCUGUACUACAAGGAGAUCACCGAAGCCUGUGUGGGGUCAUGUGAGGCCAAGAGAGCGGAAGCUCUGCAGAGCAUUGCAACAGACCCAGGGCUCUAUCAGAUGCUGCCACGGUUCAGCACCUUCAUCUCGGAGGGGGUCCGUGUGAAUGUGGUGCAGAACAACCUGGCCCUGCUCAUCUAUCUGAUGCGCAUGGUGAAGGCGCUGAUGGAUAACCCUACGCUGUAUCUGGAAAAAUACGUGCACGAGUUGAUCCCGGCUGUGAUGACCUGCAUCGUCAGCAGGCAGCUGUGUCUGCGGCCAGAUGUGGACAAUCACUGGGCGCUCCGGGACUUUGCCGCCCGCCUGGUGGCCCAGAUCUGCAAGCAUUUCAGCACAACCACUAACAACAUCCAGUCCCGGAUCACCAAGACCUUCACCAAGAGCUGGGUGGACGAAAAGACUCCGUGGACAACGCGUUACGGCUCCAUUGCAGGCCUGGCAGAGCUGGGACAUGAUGUGAUUAAGACUCUGAUUCUGCCACGGCUGCAGCAGGAGGGGGAACGGAUCCGCGGUGUCCUGGAUGGCCCCGUGCUGAGCAACAUCGACCGCAUCGGAGCUGACCAUGUGCAGAGCCUCCUCCUGAAACACUGUGCCCCCGUUCUGGCAAAGCUGCGCCCACCGCCUGACAAUCAGGAUGCCUAUCGGGCAGAAUUCGGGUCCCUAGGACCCCUCCUCUGCUCCCAUGUGGUCAAGGCCCGGGCCCAGGCUGCCCUGCAGGCUCAGCAGGUCAACAGGACCACUCUGACCAUCACUCAGCCCCGUCCCACGCUGACCCUCUCGCAGGCCCCUCAGCCUGGUCCUCGGACCCCUGGCUUGCUGAAGGUCCCCGGCUCCAUUGCACUGCCUGUCCAGACACUGGUGUCUGCGCGAGCUGCUGCCCCCCCCCAGCCUUCCCCUCCUCCCACCAAGUUUAUUGUAAUGUCAUCAUCCUCCAGCGCCUCAUCCACCCAACAGGUCCUAUCCCUCAGCACCUCAGCCCCUGUCUCAGGCUCCACCACCACCUCUCCUGUCACCACCACGGUCCCCAGCGUGCAGCCCAUUGUCAAGCUGGUCUCCACCGCCACCACCGCGCCCCCCAGCACUGCUCCCUCUGGUCCAGGCAGUGUCCAGAAGUACAUCGUGGUCUCUCUUCCCCCGACAGGGGAGGGCAAAGGAGGCCCCACCUCCCAUUCUUCUCCAGCCCCUCCUCCAUCCUCAGCCCCCUCCCCACUUGGGAGCAGCGCUCUCUGUGGGGGGAAACAGGAAGCUGGGGAUAGCCCCCCUCCAGCUCCAGGAACUCCAAAGGCUAAUGGCUCCCAGCCCCCCGGAUCUGGCUCCCCUCAGCCUGCACCUUGAUGCUGUCACACAUCUGCCGACCUUCUCCUCUCCCCCGAUUCACACACACACACAUACGAUGGGUGGAAGGAAGCAGUAUUCUGCUUCCCCCACAUUACUUUCUUUUUAGAUAUUGUACAGCCAGUUCCCCAAAAUAAAAGUUUGAUUUGUAA